UUUUGAAACAUCAUUUCGCAGCGUUAGUUCGUGGACUCCGGUUGGUGCUUGGUGCGAAAUAUAGAAAUUGAACGUCGAAAGAGAGCGUCUUAAUUCUAUUUGUUGUAAAAUUUUAAAAAUAUCAUUGCAGUUUAAAAGUACUAUAGAAAUGUGGCCAGCUCGUCCACGUCCUAGUAGACCAGCCCUCCGAGAUAUGCAGGAAUCGGAUGAAGAACCCUUUGAGCCGGACUCGCCGCGUCGGACCCGAGCCGGCAUAAUGUCGCUUACGUCUUUAUCAUCUUUACAAGAGGCCAAUGCCGCCGGCGCCGUCCAGAGCAGCUCCGUGAUGCGGCCGCCGUGUGACUGUACAGAGCAGGAGUUGGCGGAGGAACAAAUUGCUGUACGCGGCGUCACGGAUGAGAGUAUGGACGUUGAUGGUACACCAAACGUAUCAGGAGUCACAAAUACUAAGAAACGAAAACGAAGGGUGCCUAAAAGACCCAGAAACUUUGGGGCCAUACCUGAACCGCCAUUGCUGAGACGGCGUCUAAUAAAAUCUCUCAUAAAACCAAAAAUCACAAGCACAGUCGGAAGAUUGUUUGCAAGAAGAAUAAUAAGGCAAGCACGCUGUGUGAGAAACAUCUUUGAAAAGGAGAUGUGCUGUGUCAGCUGUGGUUUACUUCCCACGAAUCCCGUGACGGGAAAGUGUGGUCACACCCGAUGCGCAAAAUGCGUUAGAGCAGCGAAAAUGUGUCCGUGCGGCACAGAUUUUCCCGAAAAACUACAGUCUAAUAUAUUAAUAAGAGACAUAGUAUUUAAAUUGUCCGGCGACAGACCAAGGACUAAUGAGUUGAUUGGUGGCAACGCCCAGAUUCUUGGCGGGCACAGCAGCACAGACAAUAGUGCUAGGAUGCUGAUCGAAAGCUCCUCUAAUGAAGCCCAAAUUCAUGAGGCACUCUGCCAAGUUGCACUGAAACGCAACGCCCGUGUCAGGGCUUUCCUACCGCCUGUUCCUGUAUCGCCUCGGGCGCGGUACAAUCGCGCGGUGCAACUGCUGCAGGACGGCAGACACCUCGAGGCGGCGCCCUAUCUCGCCCUCGUGGUCGCCUCCAACCACAUGGAUUUUAGAAGCGCACGCAAACUACUAAUUGAGGUGAUGUCUCUCUUAACGAAGAAAUGGAACGCUAAAGCCUUAAUGACGGAGCUGCGUCGAACAGUACGUAACUUGUGUUCGACAACAUGGGUGGACCUGUCAGACAUGGAGUGCAUAGUGUGUUGCGAGAAAUUCAGGCAGCCCGUCACCACACCGUGCGGGCACAUGUUCUGCAGGGCGUGUCUCGAUCGCUGCUUCAACUACAAGAAACGAUGCCCGCUUUGCCGCCGCUCUCUAAAAACAUUCAGCCUCGUAGCAACACCAACUACAAGUUUCGUUGAAGGGGCACUGAAAAGCAAAACCGCUGCCGACGCACAAUCGUCUUCAGGAUCAUAUCUCAUUCCCAUAAUCGCGUGCACAGUCGGAUAUCCAUCAAUCCCAUGCCCGCUGUUCAUAUAUGAGGCUCGCUACUGGCCGAUGCUCCGCCGCGUGCUGGACUCGGGCUCGCGAAAGUUCGGCAUGGUGGCCUGCGACAGAGGAGGACCAGACUGUGUGGGCUACGGCACGGUAAUGGAAGUGCGGGACUGCGUUCUCUUUGAGGAUGGCCGGACCAUCCUCUCCACCAUAGGCCUGUCUCGGUUUAAAAUUAUGGAAAGAUAUUAUGUUGAAGAUGGUUUCGAAGUAGCCCGCGUUCUGCCAAUUGCGGAUGUGCACCCGUUGGAUUUACUGCAGCUGUGGGAUGUUAAGCAGUUGGCACGUCAGAUAACCCUGAGAGUGUUCGUCUGGCUGAGACGCCUGGGAGCUAGUAUGCUCAAUGAUAUGGAACUGGCGUUCGGAAGCAUGCCGCUGGAGGAAGACCCUCACCUUUUGGGAGAAACCGAAGAUGGACCUGCGUGGGUGUGGUGGCUCAUAGCUGUCUUGCCAUUAAGAUCCGAAAUAAAGGUGCUCAUCCUUGCCACGAACUCGCUCCUCAAGAGGAUGAGGGCAGUGAGCUGUACGCUCGAGGCGCUGUGCCAAGACCCAGUCGUGCGAGCUGCGCCCCUCACGCCUGCUGUCGAGCCUGUCGAGCGAGCCGCGCCCGGUGACGUGGUUGCAGCGUUCCCUGAGGGUGCCGAUCUCUUAUUUUAAAAUUACAUAACAAAGUCUUUUGCAAUACUAUUACUAUUGUUACACUCUCACCCAAUCAGAGUGUAAACACAAUUAUUCUACUACUAUUAUUACACUACAUACAUUAUUAUUAUAAUUCAAACCUAAAUUUCGGCCAUUUCAUUUGCAAAUACUGUUACUAUUAUUACACUAUUUACUAUUAUUUGAUCUCAAUAGUUUUAAGAUUUAAUUUCGGCAGAUGUAUUUUGACGAUGAGAAAUAAAUAAUAAUAAAUACUAAUAAAUACCUAGGUACUAUUUAGUUAUACAUGAUUCCGCCAUAUUGAAUAGUUUAUAAGUUUUUGAUAACAUUUUACUGGUUCACAUUUUUUAAUAUUAACAACAGGGUAUAUUAUAGUACCGGUCCUGCGUUUACCAAUCGUAGUUUUUAGUGACUUUAGACUUUACUCAAAUAUUAUAAAUACCUGUCAAAUUAACUUUAAAGAUCCUGACUAACGAUCGGAAAGGUAACAAUAGCCCAAGAGCCAGUUCGUUAUUUUAUAAUGGCUGAAACUUUGUUGUUGCUACUACCGUACCACACGUACACUGUAAAAGAGGGUAGGUAUGAUAGACUAGUACCAACGACUGACGUAUGCUUUGGAAAAUAUAAAAAAAAUACAUUUACCUAAGUCAAUAUUAUUUUUAGUCCGUCAAACUUACUAACCGUCAGUCAAACUUGGUAGUAGUCACAAAGUUUCAGCCUUUAUAAAAUAACGUAGGUUUGGCAGUCGCUGGCUCUCGAUCUAUAAUGAAAUUGGCCUUGUCAAGACCAAUCUCAAACAGUAGGAGGUGAUUGAACCUCAAAUCUUAUUCAUUGCAGGGUCAGUAAUGUGAUUAAAACAAUGUAGCGUAACGUUCCUCAGAUAGCUAGAUAGAUACAUUUAUUCAUAUUCUUGAAUAACAAAAUUUUUCAUUUAACAAAAGUGAACCUUUACAAGUUUUAUAGAAUAUGUGACGACAUAGAAAAGUAGCUUUAAAUAUAAUUAUAUUCCGAGAUCCCAUUGCAAGAUCCCGACGGCAUAAGCUGGAUUAUGCCGGAUGACGGGCUAAGCUAUUAAUAAAUUUUGGAGUAAAGUUUCGUUCAGUCUAAAUAAUAUAGCCCAAGAGCCAUACAGACACAAAGUUUCAGCCCUUAUAAGAUAACGAAAGUCUGGCAAUCGCUGUCUCUCGAUCUAAUAGGUUCCCCUUUCCACAAAUAUAAGUCUAAAUAAGCAUUUGAUCAUUAAGCUUACGCUCGAAGAGCUCAUAACUAAGUCAAAGCCGCGCGGAUCGAUCGAUCAUAAAUUUAAGUAACGCUUGGUGCGGUCGAUCCGUCUUGACCAUCUUGUUAUGAUGAGUUCUUCCGUGUUUCGGAAUGUACAGUAAACCGAUGGGUCCUGGUUGCCGUCUGCAGCAGUUGAUCUUGGAGAGGGUGCUCGGAAUAUAAUAAGUCGUGUGUUGUGACAUUAUUAGAUUGUAAUACAUUCCGUAUUUCCGUUUAGCAUAUGUAUAUUUUUUUUGUAAACAUGGUUUUGGACAUUCUCGUUAUUAUGAUAAAGACUAAAUCUAUACUUCUAUACUAAUAUUAUGAAGAGGAAAACUUUGAUUGUUUGUUUGUUUGGUUGUAAUGGAUAAACUCAAAAACUACUGGACCGAUUUAAAAUAUUCUUUCACCAUUAGAAAGCUACAUUAUCUGCGAGUAUCAUAGGCUAUAUUUUAUCCCGGUGCGGGCAGUAGCUCCCAUGGGACGCGGGUGAAACCGCGGGAAAACGGCUAGUAUAUAAUAAAUUCAUGAUAUGAAUAGAACUAAAAACAUGGUUUAAAAAACAAUAGAAAUGUCCAGUUAAAAUUUAAUUAUUUUUAUUUAAUGUAAAUGGUGUAACACAUCCUUGAUUCUCUUGCCCUGUUUUCCGCUUUCAAUCCUCUCUGGCAGCCGUCAUAUCUACUAGCAUCUACUCUCUUCUUAUUUUCCUCGACAGUCAUACCAAACAUACAAAUAAUAAUAAACAAAAAAAAAUCUGACCGCGUGUUGCAUGUAUUGAAAAAGUAUUCAUAAGUUUUUUGUUUUAUGUUGUUUCGUUGCUCAUUCCAAAGUUCAUUCCUUAUUUCAUGUUCGUUUUUAGUUUAUGCUUUUUCGUAACGAUUUAGUUGUAAGUUAGAUACUUAUUAAAUUAUGUUUUGUUAUUGUCAGAUGGAUUGUAAUUUUGUGUUUGAUUAGAAAACAGGGACCUUUUUCAUAUAUUCCUAUUUUAUAGUCUAGCCUUGAUAACCACCAAUCUGAAGUAAAUUUAUUAGACUAAUUAUGUAAUAUAAAACGCAAAGUUAAGAUCUCAUCGAAAUAUUUAAAAUUAGCGUUAAGUUAAAGUAAGGGUUAAGUUUAAUAGGAAUAUUUUAUAAACAACCAUUUGUUCAGCCAUUGUAAAGGAGACGAAAGGGAAUUUGAUCGCGUCAUGAAGAACCUGUUAUUUCGUGCAUGGACUAUUAACUUUUUUAAUCAGAAAGUGUGGCAAAACCAACUUAUCUAUAUAUAAAAAGAUAAAUAACAAUAAUAAAUUAAAUAUCCAUUUUGUUUACACUAUUUGUUAAAAAUACAAAAGUAGUUCUGUUAUUUAUUUUUCUAUAAGUAUAAAAGUCAGAUUCGUCAUCACGUACCUUAUAACAUACACUCUUUUGCAAUAAAAGCGGGCACCUAUGCGAAAUCUUGGUUUUAAGGACUUUACGUGUAUUUUAAAGGGUUUUAAUGACAGUAGUAUGUUACUAGCAUCAAUAGGGUUAGCCAAGGAUGUGUGAGAGUAAAUUGGUUAAAUCUUGAUUUGGACUAAUUUCUGGUAGAAAGUUCGUCGGCGUUUUGAAAAGUUUAUGAAGUGAUUUUCAGAAAACUGAUAAUGCAGUUUUAAUUACCAAGAUUUCGCAUAUUUGGCCGCUUUUUUUGCAAUAGAGUUUAUUUGUAUAAUACGGAAGCGUGGUCCCACACAUUUUCUGUCUCCUUUUGUACUUAUGCACGUCAUUCCCCGGAUUGAUGUAAAAAAAUGAUCUCAUUAUCGUUAGAUCAUUGUAUUAUAUGACUAAUCUCACACGUUGAUAGUUCGUUAAAAUAGUUUAGUGAACAAACAUUACGUUCAACAAAGCUGAAGUGAUUGCUGUGAUUGAAAUUAAACUUAAUACAUUAUAAAUAAUAAAUUCAUACGUUUUCUAAAUCAUGUCUUUAGUUAAGUUUGUUAUAAUAUAGGUACUUGUUUUCUAAUAAACUCUUUGAAACUA